CAAAGCCUGCUGCUGUGUGGAUGCACCUCAAUGCAGUAGUGCCGUGAUGCACGGGCUGUGCUAAGACCAGUGCAAUCCCAGGCUGCUUCAAGGGAGUCUGCACUGCUGUAUUUUGGUGGCAGCUGGUAGGAAGAGGAUGGGUUAGAAAAUGGGAGCCUGAAGCUUCUGAAUGCAUCUUUAUCCAGGGAAAUGUCUGUCUCCAAAACUGGCUGCAGUGAAGGCAUGUUUUGUGCUUGGGCGGCCUUCCUGUUCAAAUUGCAUCUCUUAAAGCUCUUCUAGCCCAUCAGAGAGCAAGCCUUUCGGUUCAUGCAUGAGAUGGCGCAUACAGGAUUCUGCCUGAAGGAGGGAGCGGGUUUUGAAGGAAAUCUGUCAAUUUGUUUCGAGUGAGAAGAUGUAUUUUUCGGCUCCUGAGAGUGCUGUUGAGUUGUUUUCCAAGCUGCACUCCAUUCUGCAGGCAUUGUACAUUUUAAGCAUAGUGAAAGUGUUGGAUUGAAUCUAAGUAAAUAAGCGUUUUCCAAAGUAACAAACUGCUUUCCUUCUAAAUAGCCAGUCUCGGCUUCUGGUUUGCUCUGAGUGAGGAAUAUUUCAGGAAGAAAUUUUCUGCUGAAGUAGCAGUUACAACUGUAGGAAACCUGUUUCCCAUGCGUGACUGACUUAGUGAUGCAGUGGAGUGGUGAUGUGAGCAGAAGGGGGAUGCAUGCAUGUGAAAGAUCCUCCAUAAUACUACCGAGCAAGUAACAUUAUCCUCCACAGAGCUUUCCACCUGCAGCUCCGGGUGAACAACAUGUAGCUCUUUUUCUCUCGGAGAUGACUGAAGAGGAACAGUUUGCACUGGCCCUGAAAAUGAGUGAGCAAGAAGCCAGACAAGUGAACUGUCAGGAAGAGGAAGAGGAGGAGCUCUUGAGGAAGGCCAUUGCUGAGAGCCUUAAUAGCUGUCAGCCCUCAAACUCCUCUGAUGUAAACCCUCAGUUGUCUGCAGAAGUACUGGGUGCGCGAGGCCAAAGCCAGCCUGCCGAGAAAGAAAGCUCUGAGAUCCUGAGAGGUCUGGCACUUUGCCCUGACACCCCUCGCUCCAAGUGCAGCUCCCACUCACAGAGCGUCAGAGCUGAUGGGAAUGGACAGAUGGAUGUCGCCCGGAGCCCCCUGGUAGUGUUGAGGAGGUUAAGCCAGGAAAUCGUUGAAAGCUCACUAGUAUCUAGCAUAAUCGUGUCUCCGGGGAAGGGCCAGCCUGUGACAAGGUCAAGUGAAAAGCCUUCCUCACCAGCAAAAAGUGAUUCUAGUAACAUGUUACCCAGCACUCUUGGAGAGGACUUCAUCUCUUUGAGUCCCACCUUUGGCAGGGUGACUUCAGACUCCUGGCGACUGACACCUCGGAGACUGUUCGCAAGCCCCUCCAGCUCUUCAGAAACAGCAAGCCACGAACCAAAAGAGCAGUCCCUGCCCUCCACUGGCCAUUCUGCAGGAGAAGCUGGUGCUGGGAGCUCAGCCGUGCUCUGGAAGAGCUGGACUGCGGAACAGUGUGGCAGCCCCAGGAGGAGUGGUGGAGGAGCAGGAACCAAACACACCUCACAGCCCAGGCACACCGCCAAAGUCUGUGUUUCUGCAGGGCAAGCAGAGCAGAACGAGGUGCCUGACAGUACCCCUGAGCUUUGCAUACUGAAUGCAGAGGAGAAGCACAAGCAGGAGGAGGCGAGAGACACAGUGCAUUAUUACUGGGGCAUCCCCUUUUGCCCCAAAGGGGUGGACCCCAACCAGUACACCAAAGUCAUCUUGUGUCAGCUGGAGGUUUACCAGAAGAGCCUGAAGCAGGCUCAGAGGCAGCUACUGCACAAGAAGGAGUUUGGAAACCCAGUUGUGCCCAGUUCUUCCUUGAGCCAAAAUGAGCUUGGGAAAGGAGAGCAGAUAAGCAGGGAGAAUGGGGUUGCUGAUGAUACAGAAGAUGGAGACCCAGAUGGGCAGAAGGAGUCUGAGAGCAUCACCUGGCUCCUCCCUUCAAAGAGGAGGGAGGCAGAGAGUCCAGGGCACAGCAUGGAAGAAAAGAACUCCACUUCUGAUGAUGAACCGACCACCAGCUACUGCCAGGCCUCCCAGGUGCUGCCUGCAGAGGAUGUGCAUGAAGAUGGGGAACCCAUGCAAGUUGCACAGAGCAUCUCCAUGUUGACUCCACUUGGCAGUAAAAGGAGCCCAGAUACUGCCACAGAAAACUCUGCUGAAGAAGAGAUCUCUGUUUGCCCAGAGACCCAGCCGAGUCCACUGGAAACUAUUGAGGUGGAGAGAGAAGAGCUGUGCUUGGGCAGCAGAGAUGCACCUAUGCAGGCUGGUGGAGAUGAAGAUGCUGGCAGGACUGUGUCUGAGCGCAGUCCUACAGCUGCUGACCAUGUGUCGUGCCCGUUGUGUGAUCAAGGCUUUCCAGCUACGGAGAUCGAGCUGCAUGCCAUGUACUGCAACGGCAUCAUGGGAGAGGAGGACGGUCCAGUGCUCACCCGGCGUCAGAGAGAGGCAAGAAGUAAAGCUGCCAGUGGUGAAAGCGGCCCAACAUCCUUAGACAUUGACAAGUGUGAGAAGUGCUACCUCUGUAAGUCACUGGUGCCACUGCUGCAGUAUCAGAGGCACGUGGACAGCUGCCUUCAGGCUGCUAGGCAAGCUCAGGGAACCAGGAGGCUGCGAAGCGCCAAGGACGUUGGAAGGCAGGAGAGGGGACUCCUCAGGAUGCUGGAGCUCUCGGAGAGCAAGUCUGCAGGUGCUGAUGCGGGGACCCCCCUCACUGGAGUAGGAGACCAGCAGUCCCCUCCCACACUCUCAGCCAGAGACGGGGAGCCGGUGGCAGACAGCUACAGCUCCCUUCGGCGCCUUCCUUUCGACGUCUCCCCUGCAAAACCCAGCAUCUCCUCAGAAGCCACGGACUGCAUGGUGGACUCCGAGCCGCAUGUGGCUCUUCACUUGGGCAGCCAGCAGUCGACCAAAGGCUGCCACCGGAGAAGGCGCAAGUUCUGAGGCCAGGGGUCCAGCAGGUCCCCCCAGCAGCUCCCUGCACUCUGGCGAGGGUCUGCACGGCAGUUACCCCUGCUUCACCUGCAGCCUUGUUCUUUCUCCCACCCACCCCCCUUUUAUAUGUUUUCUACGACCUGUGCAGGGAGCGCCGGGUGGAGAAGUGACUGUGUGUUUUAUAGGUGCCUGUGCAGCUUUGCUCUCUGUUAAAGAAAUGGAAAUAUAUUUAUGUAUGUUUUUAUGAAACUGCA